AUGAGAAAGCCAAGUCGUAAAUGUGAUUUGCACAGUGCGAAAGCAGUUUUGAUCAACCGCCUAAGAGACGCUUUAAUUAAAGAAAAUAUCGAUCCAGAUGAGUUUGACUUUCCGGAUCCUUUGAAGCCUGUAUACCAGCUAUGGCAAGAGCCUGAAAUUAUCCUACCGGCUUAUUCAUCUACGGAUGAUUUUGACUGUGACGCACGUGUUAACUGCAAUGCAUGUGGUAUCUGCGACGCACGUGACAACUACGAUGUUCCUGACAGCUACGAAGCACGUGUUACCGUUGAGGAAGGCAGUUAUCGUAAUGAUGAAAAUGGUGAAAAAACGAAAAUGAAAGUUAAGGAUAUUGGAAAAGUUGGCAACGACAAAGAAACUUUUGAUAUGCACCCGCACGUCUACCUGGAUGAUGAUUUCAAAGAGGUCUUCAUUGCUGAUGAGAGUGAGAUGUGCUUUGCUGCUUCAUUGGUCGACAGGAAAGAUGUCACCAACGAAUCUUACAAAAUACAUCAAAAAUACCCGUCUGGUCAUUAUACAAUUCGUAAACUUAAUAGAAAGAUAGCACUUGCUUUAUGUGCCAACAAAAUCAAGAGAGGACCACGACGUCUACCUAUGGCUAGAGGAAUGGAAACAACUGAAAUGCGGUAUGACCGGAAAAGAAAAAACGCAGGUAUCAAAAGCAAAGACUUGGUCUGGUUGUACAACCUACGACGCAGCAGAAAAUGGCAAUGCCCGGCGAAACUCCCAAGGAAUUGGAAAGAUCGGUACAAUAGAUUCCCGGCAAAACCCUUAAGGAAUUGA